UCUUCUACCUGCAAAUUUCUUCCACCAACACUCUCAAUUUCUAUAGCAAAUCAAGCUACUUUUGCAAAUCAACCGAUUUCAUCUAUGUUCCUUCAUUUUGCCUCCUUGUUUCGAGGUUUAGGCACAGAUCUAUUACUGCAAAAUCCCCUCUAAUCGAUUGCGAUUGCGAUUGCGAUUCGUCUUUUUUUUUUUUCUUCUGGAGAAUUAGCGAUGGUUUCGUGCGAUUUCUGCGGCGAGCGGCAGGCGGUGCUGUACUGCCGCGCGGACAGCGCGAAGCUCUGCCUGUCGUGCGACCACCACGUGCACUGCGCGAACGCGCUCUCGAAGAAGCAUCUCCGGAGCCAGAUCUGCGACAACUGCGCGGCGGAGCCGGCGUCGUUCCGCUGCUCCACCGACGGGCUCGUGCUCUGCCAGGACUGCGACUGGGACGCGCACGGCAGCCGCCUCGUGGCGGCGGCGCACGAUCGGUGCCCCGUCGACAGCUUCUCGGGAGUUCCGUCGGCGUUCGAGCUGGCGGCGGCCUGGGGGCUGGAGAUUGAGGAGAAGAAGCCGGCGGAGUACGAGUGGGGAGGGCUGCUGGAUGAGCUCAUGGUGCCGAACGCUAGCUCGGUGAUUUAUUCCGACUGCGGCGGCGAAUUGGUGAAGAAGAAGAGGAAUCCGAGCUGCGGGAAGCAGAAGCAGGUCAUUCUCAAGCAGCUGAUUGAGCUUUUAGCGGACGGCGGUGGUGGUGGAGAUGGGGAGGAUGUAGGGCCGGGGACGCCGAGCGGCGGCGCGUGGCGGCAGGAGGGUUUUUGCGGACAGUUUGAAGAGCAACCACAACCGCAAGAGGAAAAGCAGCAGGAAUUGGCGCAGGGCGGAGGGUUUACGUCGUUGCUAAUGAUGCAGACGCCGGCCAAUCAGAAGGAGGAACGCAACAUGCUGUGGAACACCACCGCCGCAUGUGAUCACAGCGCGCAGAUAUGGGACUUCAAUCUGGGACAAUUGAGGGGCCAUGAGGAGUCUAGCCCCGUUGAGCUAGAAUUUGGCGGGAACAACAUGUACACUAUGAAAAGUUAUGGAGAACUACUGAAAGAAUCAUCCCUGGCCAAGAGAAGAGGGAUGGAUGUCUCUGGAGUGAACUGUUCUAUUGCCCAGGAAGAUAAUAUAAUCCCCUUUAACAGUGCCACCGAUAACCAGACGCCAAGCCAGGGGCCUGCUACAUCAGAGAGCAAUAAUGUACCUGCAUCAAGGCCCGAAUCCGGUUCCAUGGAUAUUCAGUUCAUGAGUCAGUCUAUUCGAAUGACAAAUGAAAGUGCGGCUGCCAUGUCAAAGAGUGACAUCGAGCUUCUGGCAAAGAAUAGAGGCAAUGCUAUGCAACGAUACAAGGAAAAGAAGAAAACAAGGAGAUACGACAAGCAUAUAAGAUAUGAAUCAAGAAAAGCAAGAGCUGAUACUAGGAAGCGAGUGAAGGGCCGAUUCGUCAAAGCUCAAGAAGCACCAGCUGGAUGAGUAGUGUUCAUAGUUGACAUCUAAUUUUGUCUGUAUGUAUGUACGUAGGUGCUGCUUAAGAUUAUAUGUAUAAUCACCUAGCCAUCGUGCCGCUCUUCCAAACAAGUUGUUUGUUUUUUUUGCUGUUUUCAUAAUUUUAUCGUGUCGGAUUAGGUUGCGAUAAUAGAGCUAGUGUCAGUCCCAGUUAUGGGCAUGAGUAUGAAUAUGAAUAUGAUGAUUCUUGUUUUGGAGCCAA